CAUCGGCCUGCAGCCAAGAGAGCUCUACUAUCUUUUCAACGAAAAAACUCUGCAGGCGCAAACCCUCACUACUUGCACAGUAAUACAGCGAUGUCUCACGUGAUACUGAUUCCGUUCGUCAUUUGGGCCGUAGUGUGGAUCCGUAGCAGCUCGGCAGUGGUUGUAGCGAACACAAGUGAGCCGUCGUGUACCGUUUUCGCUGCGAGGUGG